GUUUACUAUACUUUACUCAUAUUUUACCUCCUUUUAUCCUUGUUUUAGUUAUAUACGCUUAGAAUCGGCGCUGCUAUUUUUCUCAAUUUCGUCGCUUUUCCGUCUCAUUUUCUCUCUCUCUUCUCUAGAUACCUGCUACAAGAUUCUCUUGAAUCUCGAUUAUUAUUAUUCCUUCUGGAAUUUUACAAACUCAAUUACUAAUUUUUGUAACACGAAUUUUUCAUUUUUUUUUUGAUUUUGAGUUAUUUCGCCGAUGAUGCAGCGAAUCGUCGACAACGCCAUUGCAAUUACCAAAGAGUCAGUGAAGACAGUUACCUACGAGUCCUUGAGCAAUAUUGUUAGACUGAUAAAUAGUAUCUCAGCAAUUCUGCUGGCUAUUCUGCCAGGGAAAGCUUCUAUUCUGGAAGGUCUUCAUGGCUGGGAACUAAGACCUACUUUUCGUGGACCUCGACUUCCAAGGUGGAUGGGGAGUGGUGUUUCUUCUUUCAACCAGUUGAUUCAUGAGUUGUCUGUUGAUUCUGAUGCUUCAAGUGUGGAGUACUCUUCUGGGGAUGAGGAUGAUGGAUACUCAUCACCUGCAUCGCCUGGAUCUCAGAGUUCUCGAGUUUCUUGGGCGAGCAGCGUGAAUGAGUAUGAUAAUCAUCGGACAUUGAUUGGGUACAUGCUUUUGUGGAUUUUAUUUCCCUUCAGAUUUUUGUUGGGGUUACCGUUUUGGCUAUAUCGUCUAAUUUUCUCAAGAGGGAAUAGGUCUCAGCAUGCCCAGUGUCCUUCACCUGUUCGUUCUCCUAGGAAGUUGCCAAGUCUGAGGGAACAUUUUGUUCAUCGUGCUACUGACCGUAGAAGAGGAGUAAUUGAGGAUAUUCAUCUAGCCACUGAAAUUGUCAUAGAAGCUGUCUUUGAUGCCGUCCACAAGACAGCACAUUUUCUUCUAUCUCCAUCAGAGGCUUUUAGAAUUCUAUCUGGAUUGAUUUUUCCUCAAGGGAAUAGCAAUGUUCAUGUCCAUGAGCAUGCCGAAAAUGUCCCUACAGCUGUACUUGGAGAUCAUGAACCGGCUCCUACUGAGAGGAAAACACCAUUUCAUCCUCUUAAUACAGAUGCGCGGACUUGUCAAGAUGUCAUAACAGAAUUUGGGUAUCCUUAUGAGGCUAUUCACGUGGUUACAGAAGAUGGGUAUAUUCUUCUUCUGGAAAGAAUUCCAAGACGUGAUUCUAGGAAGGCGGUUUAUUUACAGCAUGGAGUGCUUGAUUCAUCUAUGGGUUGGGUGUCCAAUGGAGUAGUGGGCUCUCCUGCUUUUGCAGCUUUUGAUCAAGGUUAUGAUGUUUUUCUUGGGAAUUUCCGUGGUUUGGUUUCAAGAGAACAUGUUGACAGGAACAUUUCUUCAAGAGAGUACUGGCGUUACUCUAUCAAUGAGCAUGGCACUAAGGAUAUUCCUGCCAUGUUGGAGAAAAUUCACGAAGUGAAAACUUCAGAACUGAAGUUGCGUUACCCUGACUACGAUGAAGACAACAGUGACGAGGUACCAUAUAAUGUUUGUGCAAUCUGCCACAGCUUAGGAGGGGCUGGCAUUCUUAUGUAUGUAAUCACACGGCGGCUUGAACAGAAACCUCAUAGGCUCUCAAGACUGAUAUUAUUAUCACCAGCCGGUUUCCAUGAAGAUUCAAACCUUGCGUUUACCGUAGUUGAACAUAUAUUCCUCGGUUUGGCCCCCAUUUUAGUUAAGAUUGUGCCAGCUUUCUAUAUACCUACAAGAUUCUUCCGUAUGCUGCUGAAUAAAUUAGCCCGUGACUUCCAUAAUUACCCUGCUGUUGGUGGUUUGGUCCAAACUCUUAUGAGUUAUGUUGUUGGAGGAGACAGUUCCAACUGGAUUGGGGUGCUAGGUUUACCACACUACAACAUGAAUGACAUGCCAGGAGUGUCAUUCUUUGUUGCUCUUCAUAUGGCCCAGAUGAAGCGAACUGGGAAAUUUAGGAUGUUUGAUUAUGGGAACCCAGAUGCUAACUUUGAAGUUUAUGGAUCUCCAGAACCAGUAGAUUUGGGAGAAUGCUUUGAUCUUAUUGACAUUCCUGUUGAUUUGGUUGCUGGUCGAAAAGACAAGGUCAUUCGUCCAGCAAUGGUGAGAAAGUAUUACAAUUUGAUGACAGAAGCUGGAGUAGAGGCAUCGUAUAAUGAAUACGAUUAUGCCCAUUUGGACUUCACGUUCUCUCACCGAGAGGAACUCUUGGCGUAUGUGUUGACCCGUUUACAGCUCGUUAAAUCUACUCCCAAGCAACGACUAGAUUCUGUAGUUGAAAGGUCGAAGGAAGAUUUGGACGUGCAAUCUGAUUAAUGAGGGCUUCUUCUCCCACUGUCCUUGUUAUUGAUGUUGUAAUACUUGUGAAUGUCCCGAGAACCGGUGUACAUAAUUACUGUUACCUGUAUUUUGUCACAGAGUUUUUACCUUUUAGAUAUAGGAUAGGCCUGAUGUUGGCCUUGGCUUCCCGUUGUUUUAUCUUAGAGGGACAAGUCAGCUGAAGGUAAACUUGUAAUUAGUUGGUGUUUUGAUAAAUUAAGCAGCAUUCCUAUACUGUAAUUGGUUGCUGCUGAGAUGUGGUAAACUUCAUAUAAUGAGUUUUUCGUUCCUAAACUUGCUA